AUAGAGAGUCCAUUGUGGAUGCUCAGCAAAAGGGUUGAGAAAAUUUAAUACCAGUGAUUAACCAACAGCCAUCUUCAUCGCUAACUUGUUCAUAAAAUCAGUCAAACUAUCAAAAGAUGGAACCAUCCCUCAUGAAAAUGACAGAACAAUCUCAGAUUUCAGUUACUGUGUCUAUGCAUCUUCGUCUCCACGGUGUUUGGAUGAACCGGUCAAGUUUAUCGAGUGUAGAUAGCGAAUGGAUCAGACCGUUUCGCGGAUCAACGGAAAUUGAGUGAGGAAUCUUCAAGCAGAGUACGAUGAGAGUGUAAAUAAACAGAGAAAUUUGAAGAAUCACAGACAGGCUUGAUAGAGGUGAAAAGAUUGAAUCUUCCCUCAUGAAAGUCAUCGAAGGGUCUCGAAUUUCAGUCAUCGUUUUCUCGAAAGGGUAUGCUUCUUCUCCAUGGUGUUUGGAUGAACUGGUCAAGAUUCUUGAGUGUAGGGAGAAAAUGGAUCAGAUUGUUUUGCCAAUUUUCUACCUUGUUGAUCCAUCUGAUGCUGAACUAGGGAAAGGGGUUUUCAGAUAUGGAUUAAGGAAGCUUGAAGCAAAGCACAAGAAGAGUAUAGAUAAGUGGAGAAAUGCUUUGAAGGAGGCAACCACUUUAUCUGGUUGGGAUUCGAAGAAUCACAGGCCUGAUUCUGAAUUAAUUGAGGCAGUUGUCAAGGUUAUCGUGAAGAAAAUCUAUUCUGCCUCCUAUAGCAUUUCUGCUGACUUGGUGGGGCUUGACACACAAAUUGAGCAAAUUUUGUCACUAUUUCCUAGCGGGCCAGAUGAUAAACCUUAUUUCAUCGGGCUUUGGGGAAUGGGAGGUAUAGGAAAAACAACCAUUGCUGAAGCUCUUUUUAGCCUAAUAUCUAGCCAAUUUCAUGGUCGCUGCUUCCUUAGCAAUGUCAGGGAAGAUUCAUCAAAGUUUGGUUUGAUUCAGCUUAAACAAAUUCUUUUAAGGGAGCUUUUAGGCGAUAAGAAUUUGAAUAUAAGAAUGCUUCAUGUACUUCCCACUUCUGUCUUAGAGAGGCUGAAAAGAAAUAAAGUCAUGAUCGUUUUGGAUGAUGUCAAUGAGUCGGCCCAAUUAAGCAGUUUAAUUGGGGACCUUAAGAGUUGGCUUAAUCCAGGCAGUAGAGUCAUUGUAACAAGCAGGGACAAAGAAGUGCUUCAGUUUUGUCACAAAACAUAUAAGGUUAGGCAACUCAAGUAUAGUCAUGCUCUCCAGCUAUUCAAUAUAUUUGCCUUUAAGCAGAGCAAUCAUUCAAAGGAUUAUACUAAAUUGGUAAAAAAAGUGUUGAAGUAUGCACAAGGUGUUCCACUAGCACUUAAAUUGUUGGGCUCUCAUCUAUGUGAAAGGUCCCUAGAAGAAUGGGAAAUUAUAGUGGAUAAAUUAAAACAUUCUCCUCAUUCUGAAAUUCAGAAAAUAUUAGAAAUAAGCUACAAUGAACUGGAACAGGAGACAAAAGAUAUAUUUCUUGAUAUAGCAUGCUUCUUUAAAGGAGCGAGUAGAACUCGUGCCAAAGAUAUACUAGAGAAAGGUAGUGGGUUCAGAAAUUUUGAUUGGGGAAUAAUGCGCCUAAUAGAUAAGUGUCUCUUGACUAUUGGACAGGGCAAUGUAUUAGAUAUGCAUGAUCUUAUACAAGAUACGGGUAGAGAGAUUGCUCAACGAGAAGGCAGCAGAUUGAGUAAUUUCAAGGUUAUCUGUCAGAUGUUAACAAAUAACUUGGCGAAUGAAGCAGUUCAAGGCAUCUAUCUGGACUUAUACGAAGUCACAAAGGUUUUCUUGCACCCUAAAGCUUUUUCAAGGAUGACUAACUUAAGAUUGCUCAAAUUUUACAAACAGAAUUGGGAUGUACAAAAUUUCCUUGAAUCGGGAUUGCUUGAAUACCAUGAAUCAAAAUUUCUUCAUUAUCUUCCCAACACGCUAAAUUUGUUACAUUGGGAAGGUUAUCCCUAUAAGUCUCUGCCAUCAAACUUUUCAAUGGAAAAUCUUGUUGAGCUUAAGAUAACAUGGUGCAGUAUCACACAACUAUGGGAUGGAGACAAGAGUCCUCAAAAUUUGAAAAGGUUGGAUCUUUCUGGAUGCGAACAGUUAAUGAAACUCCCAAAUCUCUCUUCGGCUAAAAACUUGGAGAAGAUAUACAUUUAUUUCUGUGAAAGCUUGAUUGAGAUUGACUCCUCUAUAAAGUUCCUUUACAACCUUACUCAUCUCUUUCUAUAUGGGUGCAAGAAGUUGAAGAGUCUUCCAGAGAUUCCAAGAAGCAUAGAAUGGUUAGAUCUAACCAUUUCUGGAAUGGAAAAAUUGUCCCCAUCAAUUCCGUUUCUGGAUGGCUGUGUAAGCCUCAAUCUCACUGGCUGUCGGAACAUUCACGAGUUGCCAGAGAUCGCAGGAGAUGUAUUAUUUUUAAAUUUAAGUCAGACUGCAAUAGAAGCAUUGCCCUCAUCGAUCAUAUCGCCCACAUCAUCACUUAUAAUUUUGAUAAUGGAAGAAUGUGAAAAUCUCAAGAUUCUCCCACACAGCAUCUGCGAGCUGAAGUAUCUUGAAGAGCUUAAUUUGAGUGACUGCAGAAAUCUCUGUGAAUUGCCUCCUUUGUAUGGUUUGAGCUGCCUAAGAAAGCUAUGUCUGAAUGGGACCACACUUGUUGAAAUCCCCGAUGACAUCGUCUCUUUAUCAUCACUAAGAGAAUUGAAUCUAAACCGUUGCUCGAGACUCCAAAGUUUGCCUAAGCUUCCACAGCAACUAAUUCAACUCCAAGUACAAAAUUGCAGAUCUUUGGAAUCUGCAGAAUUAUCUUGGUACAGUCCAUCAAUAGAAUUGUCUGAAUAUAUUGAAUACUUAGAAACGGAAUAUGAUAAUUUAGUUACUUUCAAAUUCAAUUAUUGCAAUUGCCUGAAUUUGGAUGAGAAUUCACGUUCGAACAUUCUAGCAGAGGCACGGUUUAGUUUAAAAGAAGUAGCUAUUGCUUUUAACAACUCUACAGAAAACAUUUUGGAUUCUUAUCAGUUUUGUAUACCUGGUAGUGAAGUUCCAGAAUGGUACAAAUAUGAAAGCCAAGGAUCCUCAAUAGCGACUGAAUUCCCACCUGAUUGCUUUAACACUCCGUUCUUUGGAUUUGCUUUUUCUGUGGUUCUUGAUCAAUUCAGCCUUGGGUCUUACAGUUCGCUUUCUUUGAAAGUCGAAUGCUGUUUCAAAAACGCUGUUGGUGUAAAGCACGGUUGCUUCAGUUGUUGCAUGCCUUCUUAUUCAAAUCCUAUAUAUUAUGAAUCGGAUCAUGUGUUUCUUUGGUAUGAGUCAAAUUUUGAUUCUGAUCUAAACAGUUGGCUAAUGAAAAGCGGCAUCAAUGUCAUCAAUGAGGCCUCAUUUGAGUUCAGUGCAUUUAGUGGAAAGAAAACCGACAUGGAAAAAUUAAAGGUGAAAAAGUGUGGGGUACACCUGAUAUAUGAGAAAGAUGAGGCUAGAGAAGAUGAACCACCUGCAAAGAGAGUGAAAUUGAUGGAUUUUGGUUUAGUUUCUGGAACCUCUUCAUAUUUUCUUGAAGAAGCAAAAGAAACCGAUACCAACGACGAGAGGAGUGGAGAAAACCGGGAAGAGAAACUACAUCAUAAAGGAAUUAAAGAUUUCUUCUCUAAGCUCUUCUCUUGCUUCAAGUUCUUAAUGUGAGUUUGCACCCCAUAACAAUAUUUUUUCGUCAUUUGGAAUUUAAAUUCAUCAAUUUGUAUUGCAAGUUUUCUCUAUCAGUAUGUGCAUUGUAAAUGUUGAUAUGCCACAAAUCUAUAACUAAAUGUGAUUUUUCUGCUA